CUGUGCUCUGGACGCCUGUGUCAGCUCAGCCUCUGGGGAAGCCUCACCUUCUCUCUGAGAUCCCGGGUCCAACCUGCUGCCACCAUGCGAACACCCUGCCUUCUGCUGGUGGCGCUCUGCCUGCUCUUCUCCCAGGUGACCCCAGGUGACAGCCUUCCCCGAGACCUGAAACCUGACCUAUACGAGUGCCGCCGUAAGGGAGGCGCCUGUCUCUAUACCUCGUGCCCGCUUUUGACCAGGACUAUGGGCACCUGUGACCGUGGGAAGGCCUACUGCUGUAAGCCCAAGUGAGAUGGGCGGGUUGUG